ACUUCCUUCCUUUUUUAUUCUUCUUCUUUCUUCUUCUCUCUCUAUAAAACUCCCCACUUCCCUUUCCUUUCUUCUCCAAAUUCCCAAUUCCCAAUUCCUCUGAAUUCUCAACCUUCUCCUUCAACUAUGGCUCUCCAAGCUCUCAAUUCCCCAACCAUGGCCGUCGCCCCUCCCACCUUUCACUUCGAUGAAGUCUCCUUCCUUCAGCCACUCAAGCCCUGGGCCAAGCGCAAGCGUUCCCGCCGCCCAUCUUUCGAUGAUUCUCCCUCUGAAGAAGAGUAUCUUGCUCUCUGUCUCAUCAUGCUCGCCCGCGGCGGUGGUGGCAGCGGUAACGGCCCUCGUUCUCUGCCGGAGCCUACCAUCUCCACCAAGUCCGUCUACAAGUGCCCCCUUUGCGAUAAGGCAUUUUCCUCUUACCAAGCUCUAGGUGGUCACAAAACUAGUCACCGGAAACCCACCACCGCCGACGAUCAGUCCACGUCGCUCUCCGGUACCACGUCUAACUCCAGUGGAAAAGCUCAUGUCUGUAAUGUUUGUCACAAGUCGUUCCCCACUGGCCAGGCCUUGGGUGGCCACAAGCGCCGCCACUACGAUGGCGGUGCUAGCGCUGCCGUGAAUCACCAGAGCUACAGCGGGAUGACGUUGACAUCGUCGGAGGGAGUAGGUUCGACCCACACAGUUAGUCAUAGCCACCGAAACUUUGACCUGAACAUCCCGGCGUCGCCGGCUCUGUCGCCAAAGCUCUUCUUCCCCGGUGAUGAGGAGGUGGAAAGCCCUUUGCCGACGAAGAAGCCUCGGUUCCUCUGGCUACCGGAACCGGAGAUCUCGCUGAAUUAGAACGAUUCUUUCCCGGAUUGGGAAAAAGGGGUUGAAUCAAAAUUCAUAAUUUAGUUGAAUUUUUAUUUUUAUAAAAUUAGUUUAGGUGAUUUUUGGGAUAUAGAAAGAGGGUGAAGACAAAGACAUGGUUCGGUUUGGAACUUUGUAUCACAGAAAAAUUCAAUUAAUUCUUUUCUUUUUUUCCAAUUGGGAAGAUUCUUUGCACUCACAAUGCUUGAAUUAUGCAAGUGGAAACAGAAUUCCCAUCAUGACAAGCCCCAAACCCUACAUGUGAGUUGGAGUUGGGGGUGGGCUUAUUCAAUGUAGCAGGAAACAUAACUAACUCAAUUGGGCGAUUAUUGGAAUUUGGUAAAUUACACUUGACUGUUAAGACA